AUGUUUAAUAGCUUGGCACCCAUGAGGUUGAAGAAACUACUUAAGGUGUUUUGUGCCUCAGUAGUGCUGUUAGCGGCGACAUCUGUGGUGUUAUUUUUCCACUUUGGAGGUCAGAUCAUAAUCCCCAUACCGGAACGCACUGUGACCUUAAGUACUCCUCCCGCAAACGAUACUUGGCAGUUUCAACAGUUCUUCAACGGCUAUUUAGACGCCCUGUUAGAGAAUAACCUGUCGUAUCCGAUACCAGAAAGGUGGAAUCAUGAAGUUACAAAUGUAAGAUUCUUCAAUCGCAUAGGUGAAUUGCUCUCGGAGAGUAGGCUACAGGAGCUGAUUCAUUUUAGUCCUGAGUUCAUAGAGGAUACCAGUGACAAAUUCGACAAUAUUGUUGAACAAAUUCCAGCAAAAUGGCCUUACGAAAACAUGUACAGAGGAGAUGGAUACGUUAUUGUUGGUGGUGGCAGACACACCUUUUUGGCACUGCUGAAUAUCAACGCUUUGAGAAGAGCAGGCAAUAAACUGCCAGUUGAGGUCGUGUUGCCAACUUACGACGACUAUGAGGAAGAUUUCUGUGAAAAUCAUUUUCCACUUUUGAAUGCAAGAUGCGUAAUCUUAGAAGAACGAUUUGGUGACCAAGUUUAUCCCCGGUUACAACUAGGAGGCUACCAGUUUAAAAUAUUUGCGAUAGCAGCAAGUUCAUUCAAAAACUGCUUUUUGUUAGAUUCAGAUAAUAUACCCUUGCGAAAGAUGGAUAAGAUAUUCUCAAGCGAACUAUACAAGAAUAAGACAAUGAUUACUUGGCCAGACUUUUGGCUUCGAAGUACCAGCCCGCACUAUUAUCAUAACAUCACCAAGACCCCUAUUGGUGAUAAAAGAGUACGAUAUUUUAACGAUUUCUACACGAAUCCAAACGAGUAUUACUACGGAGAUGAGGAUCCCAGAUCAGAAAUACCGUUUCACGAUAGGGAGGGCACGAUACCUGACUGGACCACAGAAAGUGGACAAUUGGUUAUAAAUAAAGAAGUUCAUUUUCCUGCAAUUCUUCUAGGUCUUUUCUACAACUUUAACGGGCCGAUGGGCUUCUACCCUCUUCUCUCCCAAGGUGGAGCCGGAGAGGGAGAUAAAGACACAUUCGUUGCAGCUUCCCAUUACUACAAUCUCCCGUAUUACCAAGUUUAUAAGAACUGUGAGAUGUUGUAUGGCUGGGUUGAUCAUGCCAAUAGUGGAAGAAUUGAACACUCUGCAAUCGUCCAGUACAAUCCCAUCGUGGACUAUGAGAAUCUCCAAAGUGUCAAGGCGAAAGCGGAGAUUAUACUGAAAAACCACGAGCCAGAUUCAAGGAAGAAAAGUUCGAAACCAAAGUCUUACAGCAAAACAAGGCUUUCCACUCAUGUCAAGGGUUCAAUAUACUCAUAUAGACGGCUCUUCAGAGACUCGUUCAAUAAAGCCAACUCUGAUGAAAUGUUCCUACAUUGUCAUACCCCUAAGAUUGAACCUUACAGGAUAAUGGAAGAUGAUUUGACACUUGGGAGGAACAAAGAAGCUAAACAACGAUGGUAUGGAGGACGAAAGAAUAGAGUGCGGUUUGGAUAUGAUGUGGAACUUUACAUCUGGGAGCUAAUUGACCAAUAUAUCUGUGACAAGAAUAUCCAAUACAAAAUUUUUGAAGGUAAGGACAGAGAUGCUCUUUGUGGGAGUUUCAUGAGGGAACAGUUGGGAUUUUUACGCUCCACGGGGGAUUAG